UCUUGAUCCUAGUAUAAGAAUAUAGCAACGUAAGUAUGAAGACAAAUGUCUUAAAUAAUACAUUUUUAUUUUACAGAUACUUGUACACAUUUUGCCCAUUUCAGAAUAUGACCCAAGUUGAAACUCUGUCAUAUUGGAAUUCCUACCAGGGAGUUAUUGGUGUCUGGAAGGAGUGGAAGAUAGAGAACAAUACUUUUGUUGCUAUGACGAUGACUAAAGGAAAUAAGUGUGGAGAUAAGGACAGAUCUGUUCAAGUUACUUUUACGUGUGCCUCCAAAAAUUCCUUGCUUAACGUCACUGAACCAGAAAAGUGUGAAUACCGAGCUAAUUUUGGAACGUUACUAGUCUGCCACAAAGAUGCAAUGUUGGUGUAUCCACGACUCUCUGCUGAGCUACAAGCUGAAUGGGACAAAGCAGAGACUGAAUUGAAAAAUAAUGAAAUUACAGAAAAGGGUUAUAAAGCAUACCUUGAGAGAAUAUUUACAAAGGCCGGAUUUCGAACACCUGAACGUAUCAACAAUCCAGUAAGUGGUACUCAAAGCCCUGAUGGUGAAGUUCAACAUCUUGACCAGUGCAAACAGGAACUGGAAGAAGUAAAACAAGAAAGAGAGGAACUGAAAAAAGAAAUAGAAAAUUUGAAAAUUUUACUUGGGCUUAAGAUGACAUCAUCAAAACUAAAAGGGAUGUACCAAGAAGAUCCUAAAUUUACGCCAUGAGUAGUGUAGAAGAUGGGACCUCGACCAAUUUUAUUACUCCAUAUAAUAUGUUACAUCCUUAAUUUACACACGUUGUCACUAAGACUUGAGGUUCGCUUUUAAAAACGGCUGAUGAAGAACACUGUGAAGUCUUGCUGCCUGAAAUAUAGACAAUAUUGUACUUUAGAACAAGUGGAGCUUAUCAUAAAAGUCAGCUAUUAAAGUGUGUUACAUCCUUACUAUUUAAUAGGUAUAACAGCACACAGAGUGGGCACUAAAUAGGACUGACUUGUGAAUAUUGUAAGAUAACUAAAUGUUACAAGCAUUUCCAUUUACUCUACAGCCAGAUGUAAGCAGCAUGCUAAAUACUGACAUCAGCUUUAUAGAAGAGACGUUCUGGAAAUGGUUAGACAAAUAUAAAAAAUCAGCCAUUACAUCCAUGAGGUAAAAACCAAAUCACAGCAACUUUAUAGUAAAAUAGAGAAUGGUGUGUUAUAUGGUUUUUCACAACAUAUUUUAUAAUGUUUACUGGUCAUCUCUUCCAGAAAGUCUUACAUUUUUAUAUGAAGGUUUUACAAAGAUGGAGAAUCAUUUGACCAUAAUAAAAAAUCUCUAGUUCUAGUACAUACCUUUUGUGGGCCAAUACCAGGGCACAAACUCAACUCAUUUUCACUAGCCUCAACAAUCUUCUCGAGAGACUAAAAAAUAUAUAACAUAACUUGGUAUUAGCAGUCUACAAAUAUAGAUAAUAAUUCUUCUGAAAAACACUAAGUCUGAUCUUUAAUUCAAUACACACCAGUCCCCAUAAAUCUGGACUAUUUUACAAAAACAACUGUUCAAGUAUAAAACAAUUCAUCAGAAGUCAGAUUAUUUUUGUAUUACUGUUAAUAAAAUUCCUCUCUUCA